AUGACGUUACAACAAUAGGAUGAAUUCUAAGAAUUAAAAAGAUCCUUGAAAUUAUUGGAAAAAUCUGAUUUGAAAUGUUAUACUGAACAAGAAAGCAGAAAGAAUGAAAAAAAUAAAAAUGAUAAUUUUGAUAUAUAACUGAUUGAUAAUAAGAUAAUAUAACCAGAACCUUGUAGAGCUAUUUCAUUUAAUAAUUCUAAUUAAAUUAUGAUAUCCACAAGUAAUUCAAUAAUUAGAGUAUUCAGAUUUUCAAAUAGUAUAAUUGAAGAAAUAUGCUAAUUGGAUGGGCAUUCUAUGAAUGUUUACGUAUUAAUAUUUAGUAAGCUUUCUAAUUCUUUUAUAUCCGGUUCAGCUGAUUCUUCAAUUCGAUGUUGGUAAUAAACAGAACCUACUUAAUGGAAAUCUUCAAAACCUUAUAAAUAACAUUCUGGAUAUAUAGAAUGUGCUAUUAUAAACUAAAAAGAAAAUCUAUUAUUUUCAGCAGGAGAAGACAAAAUAAUUUACAUUUGGAAGUUGAAUUUAAUCAAAAAUUAUUUGGAAUAUUAGACUUAAUUAAUAUAGCAUUAAGGAAAAAUAGAUGCAUUAAGUUUAAAUCAAUCUGAAACAUUUUUGGUUUCUUUUGGUUACGACAAAAGAAUUAUUAUUUGGAAAAAAGAAGGGAAUGAUUGGAUUUUUAAUCAUAUUGUUAAAUAAUCUAUUUAUGAGAAUGGAUAUAGAGUUAAAUUUUUGAGAGAUGAAUUAUUUUUGUGGGUUGCAACUAAAUCUUUUGUUUAUUUUUUUGAACUUAAUAAAGGAGUGUUUUAAGAAAAAAAUGAUAAAGCAAUAGAAUUGUAAAAAAAUCAUCUAUUUGACACAUUCCUAUUUCCUAUUCUACAUAAUCCAAAUUAAAAUUUAAUCAUAAUUAGGCAUAAAAAUUUCAUAUACAUUAUUAGAGAGACCUAGGACAAUUAGUUCCAAAUAGUAAAAUCUAUUAGUUGUCAAUGGAAUAGAGUUUCAGGUACGAUUACUAAUGAUGGAUAAUUUUUAGUUUUUUGGGAUUGUAAAGAAGUUAAGAAAAAUGAAAGUUCUAAUGGAAGUUAUUUUGUUUAUAGACUUUCUGUAAAUUGA